AUCUCGCACAAAUCCACACAUAAAAAGCCAUUUCACCUUUCACUUUACUCUUACUUCGAUAUCUUUUAUAUCUAUACUCUCUCUCUCUUCUAUCGAUGGAGUUCUUUACUCUCUUCUGCACUGCCUUUCUUUUAGCCGGCGGCUUAUACUGGUUUGUUUGCAUUCUUGGCUCGGCCGAGCAAAAGGGUAAACAUGCCGUUCAGCUUUCCGGCGGCUCAAUCGCCAAAGAAAACGUUCAAGAUAAUUACCAGCAGUACUGGUCGUUUUUCCGGAGACCCAAAGAAAUCGAGAAGGCAGAAAAGGUACCUGCUUUCGUCGAUACAUUUUAUAAUCUGGUUACAGAUAUUUAUGAAUGGGGUUGGGGUCAGUCUUUUCAUUUUUCUCCUUCCGUUCCUGGAAAAUCGCAUCGGGAGGCUACUCGUAUACACGAGGAGAUGGCGGUGGAUCUGUUAAAUGUGAAGCCUGGGGCUCGAAUUCUUGAUGCAGGUUGUGGGGUAGGUGGCCCGAUGCGGGCUAUUGCAGCCCACUCGGGGGCUAAUGUAGUUGGGAUUACCAUAAAUGAGUAUCAGGUGAAUCGGGCCCGGACACACAACAAGAAGGCCGGUCUUGAUAAGCAAUGUGAGGUGGUGUGUGGUAAUUUCCUUCAGAUGCCUUUUGCCGACAAUAGUUUUGACGGGGCUUAUUCAAUUGAGGCAACGUGCCAUGCCCCAAAAUUGGAGGAAGUGUACAGUGAGAUCUAUAGGAUUUUGAAACCUGGAUGUUUAUAUGUGUCUUACGAAUGGGUGACAACUGAAUUGUACCGUGGAGAUGACCCGGAGCAAGUGGAGGUCAUCCAGGGGAUUGAGAGAGGAGAUGCCUUACCAGGGCUUAGGAGUUACAAGGACAUUGCUCAAGUUGCAAAGACGGUUGGGUUUGAAGUGAUUAAGGAAAAGGAUUUGGCUAAACCACCGGCCAACCCGUGGUGGACGAGGCUGAAGAUGGGGAGGAUUGCCUAUUGGAGGAACCACAUUUUAGUCACAGUGCUUGCGUGGCUGGGGAUUGCGCCAAAGGGUGUCGUGGAUGUGCACGAGAUGCUUUUCGUGACUGCAGAUUACCUGACCAGAGGUGGUGAGACUGGGAUUUUCACUCCUAUGCAUAUGAUUCUCUGCAGGAAGCCGGAAAGUAAGUCUGUUUCUAGUUCGACUUAGGAGGACGCAAUGUAAUGCAUAUGAAUUGAUCUACAAUUAUGGAGGUCAAUUUCUUGAUGUUUUAUUUUUGUUAUUUGUCUUUUACUUUGUUGUUUAUCGGAUUUAAUUUAAUAGCUUUAUGCCGUUUUAGCUUGAUUGCUUGCUUUCAUAGAAAAAAUUUCUUCAUUUUGUUUAGUUUAUUGUUAAUGUUGUUGGCUUGAAGUAGAUUUGGCCGUCUUAUCUUGUGUUGUUCGAGGGAACUACAAAGAAAUUUGACACUGCCCUCUAACUUAUGUUAGAAAGUCUCUUGAAAUUAGCUUGUUCUAUUCUUUUUGUAAUGGUAAAAUUAUCAAUGAUGGUCAA